GGUUACAACCACAAGAGUUCGAAGACGAGUUCGGCGACGGGAAGGGCAUCAGGCCUAACGAAAGAAGAGCAAAGUGAGAGCACCGUGGUCCGAUAGCAAUAACCUCUCAGCCCAAGCAAGAGUAAACCACAGUUACAAUGUCUCACUCCAAACGCAACACCUCAUUGGCAUUCUUCACAGCGCAUGAACGAUCACUGCUGCGAUCAAGCUGGGGCACACAAUCGACCCGCCUCUCACGCGACUCUUUCAUCCCAUUUGGGUAUUGUCGGUUGUGCUUAUCUCCAGCGAAGGAUCCAGUUGCCUGUGGUGGCGGUGGUAGUGGCACGAAAAGCGACAGUGUAAAAGUCCACCUCUUCUGCCGCGAGUGCGCACUAAAUGACCUCAUGGCUCAACGGAAAGAGAUCAAGCGUCUUGAGCGGGAAGCUGAGAUGCGUGAGCGCGACAUGGAGGAUGAGAAACGUCGUGCUGACGAGGAGAAUCGACGACAGGAUUUGGAGCGCUUUGAACGAGCGGAAAUGGGCUUCGAGGAUGAACCGCGUGGAGCAGCUACGAAACAAAAACGCCGGGCGGAAGAGAUGCAUGCUUCAAAUGCACGCUCCGAUGCUCCGCCACAGAAGAGAGUCAAGGCAGACAAGGAAUCGGAGGCGAGUUUUUGGAUUCCCGGGACCGAUACAAGUUCGGUGACGAAGACGGCUACAGCGACGAAACUACAUGCGCUAUGUCCUGCAUCUACACCGGAGAGUAAACACGAGUAUUCGCUCAAGGGCUUGGUUCGGAUCAAGUUCUCAGAGGCCGAAGGGAGCAAUGUCUGUCCUAGUUGUCAGAAGGUGCUGAGCAAUACGUCGAGACCUAUGCUGGGAACGGCAGAGGGGUGCGGGCAUGUUAUAUGUGGUGGGUGUGCGGAUCUGUUUUCAUCGAGUUCGGAAAGGGUGGCUUGUUAUGUGUGUGAGGCGGAUCUUAGCGGGACCUCGACCAAGGAUCGCGCUGAGAAUGAUGGGCCGGAAGAGAAAGAGUCGAAGAAGAGCAAGAAGGAUAAGAAAAAUAAAAGAGAUGGAAGUAAAGGACGACUUGUUGAAAUCAGUUGUGAAGGGACUGGGUUUGCGGGUGGUGGUGCGAAUAUGGCGAAGCGGGAUGGUGUUGCGUUUCAAUGUUAAGCUGAGGAAGGGGAGGUUCUAGGCGGUCUUAGCUGAAGUUCCGCCUAGAGCGUGACUGGCUUAGGGACUAUGAAUAAUGAAUGGGUAUCUCAGGCGCCGAAAUAAACUAUCUCCGGGAAUCUCCGGGUACUGUGGUCCGAUAA